AGAGCUUCAAAACAAGGUUGUGUUUGGUGGCAAGUUUCUUGAUUUAGGAUUGAUAUGAUCGAGGAACACGACGAACGCGAAACAAUAUGCGAUUCAGUGAAUUCAUUGGUGGAAGGAUGCCGUUUACCGGUUAGAAUGCACGGCACAGACGAUUGGCCUCUUGCUGAAAUCAUCAGUGUUAAAGAUGUACACGGUGUCAAGUGUUAUUAUGUUCACUACGUAGAUUUUAAUAAACGAUUAGAUGAGUGGGUUACGGAAGAUUGUUUGGACACUAGGAAAGUUCAAUAUCCUCGCAAAGAUGGAACUGCGCCUGGUACAGAUGCAGCAGCCACCCCGAAAAAACAAGCGCCUAGUAGACCUCCUAGUCCUAGCAGUCUUAGCAACGAACCGGUCAAUGGUUCUGCGGUGUUACAGGCAGCGUUGCAAAAGAAAAUGUCUAGAAAGAGAAAGUCCGCAUUUAUCGAGAACGAGGACUCUCAGGAUGGUCCGCCCCAAACACCAGGUCCGAGGCCGACCGGUUCACUGGUCGCUCAUCAUCACGAUGAUAUUGUUACGAGAAUGAAAAAUGUCGAAUUGAUAGAGUUGGGUCGUCAUAGAAUAAGACCUUGGUAUUUUAGUCCAUAUCCACAAGAAAUGGUGAACUUAUCAUGUAUAUAUAUUUGUGAAUUUUGCCUAAAAUAUAGAAAGAGUCGAAAGUGUUUGGAGAGGCACCUCGUGAAGUGCAAUUUACGGCAUCCUCCUGGCAACGAAAUAUAUAGGAAAGGAUCGAUAUCGUUUUUUGAGAUCGACGGCCGAAAAAAUAAGAAUUACGCACAAAAUCUUUGUCUACUAGCAAAAUUAUUCUUGGAUCAUAAAACUCUAUAUUAUGAUACAGAUCCCUUUUUAUUCUACGUAAUGACCGAUUUUGAUAGCAGGGGGUUCCACAUAGUUGGUUACUUCUCGAAAGAGAAGGAAUCAACGGAGGAUCAUAACGUAGCGUGCAUCCUUACACUACCACCGUAUCAGAGGAGAGGUUACGGGAAAUUGUUGAUAGAAUUUUCUUACGAACUUUCGAAAUUCGAGGGGAAAACAGGUUCGCCUGAAAAACCGUUGUCCGAUCUGGGAUUGCUGUCGUAUAGGAGUUACUGGGCGCACACGAUACUGGACAUUUUAUUGAACAUAAAACCGUUAGUAGAAAACGAGAAACCUCAGAUUACGAUAAGUGAAAUAUGUGAACUGACGUCGAUUAAGAAAGAAGACGUGAUAUCGACGCUACAGAAUUUGAAUCUCAUUAAUUACUACAAAGGACAAUAUAUUGUGACGUUAAAUAGGGAUAUAAUCGAGCAACACGCGGCCGCAAUGGAAAAGAGGCAGAUCAGAAUAGAUCCCAAGUGUCUUCAUUGGACACCGAAAGACUGGAGUGUUAGGGCUAAAUGGAACCCUGGAAGUGACUACGUGCGAUUAGCGAGUGUACAAAGCUGUACAUAACAUUUCAGACCGUUACGGUCCGAGUUUUUAAUAAGACUGUGUCGGGGCUUUGCACGUAACUGCAAUGGUCUAAAAAAAAAAAGAAACAAUUUCACGAAAGCACGCGUGUCUCGGUUUACGAGUUGGACCCAUCGACGAACCGUGAUUAGCGAGGUUUACGUGACACUGUAUCCGUUAACGCUGGCUUACGACUAGAGUCAGAAGCGAUGUUUUAAUAUGGUGACUAGGAUUUUUUAAUAAGUACGCAUACGUCUUUGCGAUUAACACGAUUUGUACAGGUACUACUAAAACUACGGUCUUGUAGAAUUGUAAAUAAAUCUGAUUUUAUAACGUGCGCAUCAUUCUACGCAAACACGAACGCGGUCUAGUUUUUAAAAUAAUAAUCCGACCUCGAACGACAGCUUGUAAUGGUUCGUGUCGUUUUUACAUUCGACAAACGUAAUCCGACACUUCCGAAUGGAAUUUAGUACAACGUAGAAGUUGUGUGCACAACAUUGUUCGCGCAACGUGUGCACACACCUUUACCGCAUUAGCCAUUAUUCAAAUUCGCGUGCACGUGUACCGAUGACGGAUUGUAAUCGAGACAUUGGUGACGGAAAUAGAAACGCAAAGGAACAAAAAAAAAAAAAAAAAAAAAAAAAAGAACGUGUCAAAAUAAUCGGACGUUACUAAUCUCGUCGAGCUUUCGUUUGGCGUUCUGUUAUCAACGGCUGUGCUUAAAUCGAGCUCGAUAACGCUCGAUAUAAAUAAAAUCCGUCAACCUGAUUUCACGAUUGUUCAACCAAAAUGAUUAAGAGUUACCUAUGAACUGCGAAAUAAAAAUUGAUAUUUUUCUCUGAAAGUGUGUAUUUUUGAUAACGCCGAACGAUAUACCGUUUGCUGAACUUUCACUCUCAGACCAGAAAGAAAUAUACAAAAAAGAC